UACUCAUCUUACCAGUUCAUCUAAUACAUACUUGGAAGGAUCAUCUAUCAGUCAGUCACUAAAAUAUCUCUACUGACAUUCUACAAUUUCAUCAUUAAUAAUAAAUACACACUAUCUAUCCUUGUAUAAUUCUUAUAAAUCAAAUAGAUUGGAUUACAAUGCUUCUCAUUUAGAGAAAAAGAAGUUGUUUUUUAUUUUUUUUGUAUUUUAAGAAAAGUAUUAACUUACUACUGAUAUUGAAAAUAGAGAGAAAAAAUAAAUAAAUAAUUGAACAAAAGGAUAUCAUAAUGCACAAAGUGGUCAACUUUCAGAAUACCGCUUAUAUUAAUCAGCCUCAUCAUCAUCAUCAUGAUCGACAACAACAACCAGAACAACACAAUGGUGAAAAUGGUGAGUUGAACAACACUCGACUGGCCUAUAUCAAUACACCAAAUAUAUAUACUACUGAUAAUCAUCGUGUAGAUACUACUAUCAAUGUUACUAACACUCCUAUAAUUACAACUACCUCUACGAGUACUACUACUAUUAAUAAUAAUAAUAGUAAUAAUACACUAGUCAAUAUCAAUUUACCCCUGGAGAUUAACACUUCAAAUAAUGAAUUAUUUUGUAAUAAUAAAGCAUUUGAGUAUACACCAUCACAGCCGUUGACUUCAUUGAAUUAUUUGAAUGAAUUCACUACUACUACAAGUCAGUGUGUUUCGUAUCCAACGAGCUCUCUUCAAAAUCAAUUACAACAGAAUACUUUCAAUUAUGAUUAUGGACAAUAUAGUAAUGAUAGUUAUUAUUCUCAACAAAUUCCAUUAACUGCAAAUAUUCAUACUACUCACAAGAAUGAUUAUAUCAGUAGUAGUAGUAGCAGUUGUGGUCGGGGUGGUGGUGGUGGUGCUGGAGGUGAUCCUACGUCAUCGUUUUCUACAUUAACUUCAGUGAAUACCAAUAUUAAUACUAGGAGGACUACAGAAACUCCUCCUCCUACAACGCCUAUUCCUAGUACUACUUCUACUAAUACUAACAAUGGCAAAAGUAGUGAUGACAAUAAUAAUACUAAUACUACUAAUAAUAAUAAUAACAGUAAUAAUAAUGGAACAAAUAAUUUCUUUUUUAAUGAAGUACAAAUUAUUUGUAUUUGUGAAACACUUCAACAACGCGGUGAUAUUGAACGAUUGGAGAUAUUUUUACAAACUUUGCCGAAAUGGAAUACACACAUUCACUAUUUAGAAUGUAUACAAGUGGCUAAAGCAAUUAUUGCAUUUCACCAUGAACAAUAUACACAAUUAUAUCAUAUUCUUGAAAGUCGUAAUUUCUCCCCAGCGUAUCAUACACGUUUACAAAAUCUAUGGUUACGUGCACAUUAUGCUGAAGAAGAGAAAUUAAAGGGGAGGACAUUAGGUGCUGUAGCUAAAUAUCGUAUAAGACGUAAAUUUCCACUUCCGCAUACAAUAUGGGAUGGUGAAGAGACAAGUUAUUGUUUUAAAGAGAAAUCACGUAAUCUCUUAAGAGAGUGGUAUCAUCAAAAUGCAUAUCCAUCGCCAAGAGAUAAACGUCAAUUGGCUGAGAUUACAGGCUUGACAAUAACACAAGUAUCGAAUUGGUUUAAAAAUCGUAGACAACGUGAUCGUGCAACAGAUACAACAACAGGGACUGUAACUCCUCCAACAAUGACUAUGACAACAUCACCACCAAUAACAGCAACAACAACAACAACAGCAGCAACGAUGAUGACGAAUUCACCGCCCACGUCAAGCAUGACACUAAUGUCUACAGGUAUACCAAUGUCUGGAGUACCGUCGUCAGCAUUAGGUUUAUCAGGCAGAGGAAUUAUUAUGCAAGCAGAUAUAAAUGAAUGCGAUUCAUGUGUUGAAUUACAUACAGAAAGGAAAAGAAGCAAUGAAACUGUGGAAAAAAUAAGCAAUGAAACAUACGGAGGAAUCGAUUCAGAAUCUGAAGGUGAUCCUAUGGCAUAUCGAUACAACACCAGUGGAAGCAACCACCUUCAUCAUCAUCCUCAUCACUAUCAGAAUGUCCGACAACUCACAUCACUGGAUUCUAUGUCAAAUCCAUUGAUUACUGACGACAGGAUAACGGAUCAUUCAAAAAUGAAUCAAUUCAUUAUAGACGAAUUAAAUACAAUGAAACAGAUGAGUAAUAAAAAUCUAUCUAGCAAUCCAAUGAACAGGCAUUACUACAAUCCCCAGCUAACGAACAAUAAUUUCCAUACACAAGGUCAACUUAGCAAUUAUUUCCGUCUCCAAGAUUUCCCAACAUUUUCACAUAAUAGUAAUAAUAUACUACUAAUAAUAAUAACAAUGGUAAUAGUUUGA